AUGCCCUUGGGGCACGACGGCGACGUCCUGGGCCUAUCCUCGUCGUCGUCGGCUUCCACGCCAUGGCUCCAUGCCAGGGCUUCGUCGGCCGAGGCCAAUGGCGAGCAUGGCUUCACCGACAACCAGCUGUUGGCGCUGAGGCUGACGUCUAUCGUCAUGGGCUCCGUCAGCCUCAUGUCCACCAUGUUUGCCACCUUUUGGUUUGUCCGCAUGAGCAGAAGCUUCCGUCAUGACCUCAUCAUCCUCCUCAUCCAGAGCGACACGCUCAAGUCCAUCGUCUUCAUCAUCCUCCCCGCCAUCGAGCUGGUCCGCGGCCCCGUCAUCUCCGAGGCCGCCACGUGCCAGGCCAGCGGCUUCUUCCUCGUCGUCGGCUUCGAGGCCUGCGACGUGGCCGUCGUCCUCGUCGCCCUGCACACGGCCCUGUACAUCUUCCGCGGCCGCGGCGGCCUCUACCCCUACCGCCACGUCGCCUAUGCCUUCUUCCUCCUCGUGCCCCUGCUGCUCGGCUCGCUCGCUUUCCUCAACAAGCCCGCCUUUACAAACUCGGGCCGCUACUGUCACCUGCCGUCGAAGCCGCGGUGGGCCAGCCUCGCCCUCAGCUGGAUCCCGCGAUACUUUAUCCUCAUCACCAUCUGCGUCAUCCACGUGUCCACUUAUGUCUAUGUCCAGGUCCUCAUGAACCGCUUCGGCGCCGCUUGUCAGGGGGACAGACUGCCGGCCCCGCAGCCGCCGGCGUCCGACGGCGGCGUCGUCGACUCGGCUCCGCCCACGCCCCCCAUCGCCUGCCACGGCCUCCUGUCCCCGACUCCGCCGCCAUGCGAGCGCCCCGGCCCGGCCGAGGCGGAGAGAGGCGAGGGAUUCCCCGCCGCAUCCAUGGCGGCCGAUGGACACACAAUGGCCCACCGCGGCGGCUCCCACGACCAGGAGGACCAGAAGGCGCUCGUUGCGGGGCCACUCGACAACGCCGCCUGGCAGACGGUCCAGCCCGGCGCCGACUCUUUGUUCCCUCUCUACCAGCAGAAGAGAGGCGCCCUGUCCAACCUGGAGCUAGCGACCCCGGCGAGGCGCGAGACGGCCGCGGAGCCGGCUCCGCUCAGCGCGCGACCAACCCCCUUUGACCCCCCGGGGGAGUCAAUGCCCGGCAAGUCGGGGUGGCCCUGGACACACCCGGCGUGCAGGACGGCGCCUCGCAGCUCGUGGAGCCGCCCCCUGCUAGCGACGGCGCCGGCCAAGAUGCCAGGGCCGCCGACGGAAACGCCGUCGCCGACGCCGCCGUCGCGCCUCCAUACCAUGCUGCGCCGCGGCGCCUGCAGCCCACACUCGUCGGCGAGGAGGGUCGGGGAGCGGCCGGCAGCCCUCGGCGCGGCGCCCGGCAUGGCCAAGAUGCGUGACAAGAUCCGCCGCCAGCUGCGCCAGCUCUUCAUCUACCCGGCCGUCUACAUCGUCGUGUGGCUGAUCCCCUUUGUGUCGCAUGUCGCCGGCAGCGCGUCAUGGGACCGGCCGUCGUUUGGCCUCGCCGUGACCAGUCUCGCCAGCCUGUGCCUCCAGGGCAUCGCCGACGCCCUCGUCUUCUCCAUCCUCGAAAAGCCCUGGCGCCACCCGCGCCACGUCACCAGCAGCAACGGCGCCCCUUCCUGGUGGUGGAGCGGAAGCGGCGGUGGCGGACGACGACGCCAAGGACGGGGCGCCGGGAGCAGCGGGAGCAGCAGCUGCAUGCCCUGCUGGCCCGUGCUCUCGACUGUUGACGGCCAGCCGUCGGGCGGCGCGGGGCGCACCAGGGACGAGAUGCUCGUCGACAGUCGUGCGGCUAGGCUCCGCCGCGAUGAAGAGCUCGCCGAGCGUCGGAUGCUGCGUCGAGCCCAGCCGCGCGAGUGGUGGGACGUGCGCCUCGGGAGCCUUGACGGGUGGGACGACGACGACCUCGGGCGUGGCGCAAAGGGUUCGCGAGCGGCUAUGGUCACGGAUCAGAAAAGCGUCAGCGGAGAGCCUCGAGCGCGCGACAUUGAGGAGAGGAAUGGGAGGGCCGUGGGCGUUGUAAUGUGA